AUGGCAACUAAAAAUUUAAAAAUUGAAAAAGGAAAUUUUCUAUGGUUCAGACUCUUUGUCGAAGUUCUUAUCCAUAUGAAAGACAAUGCACGAGCGCAUCAUGAUCUAGUAGAAAUAUUGCGUAUGAACUAUCCUCAGUCGAACUUCGUUGCCGAUUUUAAUCAAAAUUAUACAGCUGAUAAAGCGAUUGAAUGGCUUACACGCGAUGACUCGUGCUUACUAAAAGAAUUAAAUAGAGCAUUGAGACAACAACAUUUAGAUCAUUUAUUUGUAUUUCGAUACGUUAUUAAUGAUAUUCAUCAACAACUUAAAACAGAACAUGAUAAAGAAAUAAAAGACAAAGAAAAAACUCUCACUUUAUAUCGAAGUCAAGUCAUAUCUGAGUUCGAAUUAAGCCAACUUCUUCAAGCAAAUACAGGUGAACUUAUAGCAAUUAAUAGUUUUAUGUCAACAUGGAGUGAUCGAAUGAAAGCUAUUGAUUUUCACAAAGAACAACAUCAUGUUGGUCUCAAACAUAUUUUAUUUGAGAUUGAAGUAGAUUAUACAAAAAAAUCGCGCCCUUUCGCUCAAAUAUAUGGAAAAGAACAAGAUUUAACAUUGUUUAUGCUUGGAUGUGUAUUUCGUAUUCGUUCAAUUAUGGAAGAUCAUACAUUUCAUUGUUACGUCAUGAAAAUUGAGUUAUGUAGUGACGAUGAUUGUGAUCUCAAAAAUAUAUUUGAUCACAUGACAAAAGAUUUCAUUCAACCUGAAACAGAUUUGAUUACAUUGGGUAGUUUAUUACAUAGAAUGGGAGAACUAGACAAAGCUCGUAAAUAUUUCCAGUUACUUUUACAUGAAUUAGAUGAAAACGAUCCUGAUCGUGCACAUUGUUUUGAUGGUUUAGGACAUAUCGAAAAUGAUCAGGGCAGAUUUAGAGAAGCAUUAAAAUAUUAUCAACAAGCACUUAACCUGCGUAUGAGCCAUAACUCAUCCCAUACAAAUCAUUCGCUUGUCGCUCUUAGUCACAUUCAUAUUGCUAAUGACUAUAAAGAUAUGGGAGAUUACAAUGAAGCAUUGCAAAAUGUGGAAAAAGCACGAACCUUUAUUCGACAGCAAAAUUUGCAAGAAGACCGAAUAAAAGAGGCUGCCUGUCACAUUAUUAUGGGAUCUAUUUUAUAUGAAAAAGCAAAGUGCAUCGAAGCUCUUGAUGAAUUCCAACAAGCCCUGGACAUAAAUAAACAACAAGGAAUUCCAGAUGAUCAUCCAGAUCGAGCAUCGAUCUUUCAAAAUAUGGGUCUAUGUCAUCUAACUUCCGGAACUAUAAUCCAUAAUCCUACUUUAGCACUUGAUUAUUGCGUACAAGCACUAAUCAUUCGAUUGAAUACAUUGCCUCAGAAUCAUCGUUGCACAGGUAUUACCUAUCGAUCGAUAGGCUUAGCAUAUGAACAAUUAAAGGAGUAUCAAAGUGCCUUGACAUUCUACAAAGAAGCUAAUAUCAUUCAUAAAGCAUUGAAUAAAACUUUUAAUGAACUACAAAAGACAGAAAAUGACAUUAAACGAAUACAAAAACACCUCUCAGAUCCAAUGUUGCGUCCAACGCAUCAAUUUAAAACACAAAGUUCUCAAAAUGAAGCACCUGCUGAUAUAGGUGCCAUUAAGUUCAAAACUGAGAGGAUAUCACCGCAGCUAUGUUCUACAGAAGUGCCAAUACAAGUAGUCACUCGACGUAUGAUUUUACUCGGACGUUCAAAUGAAGUAAAAAGUUCAUUUGGAGAUGCAUUACUUGCACAAGAUAAUUAUUUUAUGAUUAACCAAGGUUCAUCUUCAGUAACAUAUACAAAUGAAAGUAGUCAUAUCGUAGGCUUUCGAGACUUUUAUGGAAGAAAACUAAUGAUCGUUGAUACACCUGCUUUUGCUAAUGAAUAUGGUUCAAACUCUAUUAUACGAACGAAAAUUACACACUCACUAGAGCAAGCAGCGCCCGGGCCACAUGCUUUCUUAUUUGUGCUUGAAUUUACCCCUGAAUUGUCAUUUUCAGAAGAAGACGAUAAGAAACUGUGCGAAUUUCUUAUCAGCAUAUUUGGACCUACAAUUUACCAAUAUAUUGUCUUUGUAUUUACUAAUCUGGAGAAACUUCAAAGAGCUGGAAUCGAAAUUGAUCGAUAUCUCAAACAACGUUGUAGUCAAACAUUUAUUAAUUUAAUGAAGAGAUGUAAAAAUAGAUAUAUACCAAUCGACAAUCGAGCACCACCUAACGCUAAAGAUGCUAGUUUUGCUGAACUCUUGCUUAUUAUCGAUAGAAUGCUCAAUGAAAAUCAAGGAAAAGAAUACACAUACCAAUCGUCUUCGCUACAACAAACAUUAAAAUUCACAACACAAAUGUAA